UAGUCAAAAGAAAAAACUAUAUUUCAUUGUUUUGUUUACUACCAUAUACUUCAUUUGCUUUUGUUCUCUCAUCUAACACCCACUUUUGAAGAUGUCUGCUGGAACUUUCACUGCUUCGGUUGCUGGAUCCGGCUAUGUUGGCCUGAAAACCAACUUUCCUAAAGCACUUGUUCCAGUCAAGGAUUCUGUUGCAUGGACAAGGAAAACCGUCUCCAAUGGUUCAAAAAUUCACUGCAUGAAGACAUGGAAUCCAAUCAACAACAAGAGGUUUGAGACCUUGUCCUACCUCCCACCUCCCUCAGAUGAUUCAAUCGCCAAAGAGAUUGAUUACAUGCUUAAAAAUGGCUGGAUCCCAUGCCUUGAAUUCGAUGAGAGGGGACAUGUACACAGAGAGAACAGCAGGAUUCCAGGAUACUAUGAUGGGAGGUAUUGGACACUGUGGAAGCUGCCCAUGUUUGGCUGCAAUGACUCCUCUCAGGUGCUGAAUGAAAUCCGUGAGUGCAAAGAAGCAUACCCAAAUGCUUAUAUUCGCUGUUUGGCAUUUGACAACAAGCACCAGGUUCAGUGCAUGGCCUUUGUCAUUCAGAAACCCACCACUACUACUACUACUACUGCCGCCUAAUGUUUAAGUGGUGGCACCACUUUUUUCACUGUUUUUAAGGAACUUUCUGGAUUACAAUGUUGGUGUUCUUUUUUUCACUGGUAUGUGUUGGUUGUUUUGAAUCAUGGUUUGUUUGGAAGGUAGUAAUGAUAAAGCUUGGUUAUGAUAAA